CUUACACUCGGAGCUCGCGUGAGUGACACGUAAUUGCAGUCUUACAACCUUAAACGCUUCUCUCUGGCGUGGCCGGUGGGGACAGCUGGGCGGCUGGGGGACUGAGUGGGACUGCUGGGGGACCGCCGGCUGAAAGCCUGCAUGCACAUCUGCCGUGCAGUGCGGUUGCUUGGGCCAGGGACCGUGGAGAAGGGUUCUACAUAUUAUGUCGAUGCGGGCCGUCAAAUGAACAAGGACCAUAGCACAACGCAAAACGACCAGCGACAAGACUACUAAGUCUUCACUUCGUAUUUUCUUUUGCUACCGAAAAUAAUGCCAUAUAUACUUUCCAAAUGUCCAUAGUCUUGCGGUGUACCCGGCCACGCACGCCUGGCCAUGGUGAACUUCCUGUCUUGCUGCUUCCAGCCAGACACUGAAUGUCCUGGUCAUACGCACAAAGCUUCAAACUACAAGGUUGUGCUAAACGAAAGACCAGAGGCUGCACCGGAAGCAUCGGCCCGCUCUGGCCUGCAUCCGCAAGCAAGGACUUCGUUGAAUGCAAAUCCAGACGGCCUUCUGAGCUGCGAUGAUGGAGCCCAGAGCGAGGACUUGCUUAGCGGCGCGCGAACGUCAGCGGCGCUGCUGAAGCUGCCCACUGGCGCGCCGCGGUUCUCGGAGCUGUACGCCAAGCUGAGCCACAUCCGUGGCUCCUGGCAUGCACGCGCCAAUGCAGCGAUGGGCGUCCUGGCGCGGCAGCUGGGCGCACAGCUGGCCGUGCUGUGGGCCCUGGCCUCGGACGGCGCGUUCUUCGUGGCGCAAGCGUCCGCCGGUCCCCUCCAAGCUGCGCUACGCCCGGGGGCGGCGCUGCCGGCGGCGCUGGGGGACCGCCAGCACAACAGCUUGCAGCGCGUGCAGGCCACCAAGGCGUCCACCACCUACACGUGCAUGGACCCGGACUCUCGCCAAGUGGACCUACAUGCGGCCUGUCAGGCGCAAGCCAUUGCAGCGCGCAUGCGCGAAGGCGGCGGCGGUGGUGGCCCCCAGCCGUUCGGGAGACUGCCGUAUGACCUGGCGGAGCUAGCGGAGCGGUGCGGCGCGGCCGGCGGGUCAGUCGAUGGACCGGAAGGGACGACUGGCUUGGUCGGCGUGACGGACUUUGCGGUGCUACCCCUCAUCAGCGGCGGCGAGGUGGUGGGCGCAAUGACGCUGGCGCUACACAGGUCUUGCCUACCGCCCCAGCAUCGCGGUGGCCAGCAACGCACCGAUGUCAAAGCUGGGCUGCCGGAUGGCGGUGCAGCGGUGGAUGGCAGCGCUAAUAAGCUGUCAGCACAAGCUCCGUCGUCAUUGCCGGUGCCGCUACCGCCAUCGGAAUCUCCAAAGCUCCCUGGGAGCCUCGGCGGCGGCGGCGGUGACGACAGCCGUGUUGGGCUUGGCGGAAGCGGCUCGAAGCGCCGCCUGGUGGUAGCAGCGGCAGCGGGUGCAUUUGCUGCCGCUUCUUCAGCGGGUACUGCGGCCGAUGCGCGCACCAUUCCCUCUUCCUUACCGCUCGCGUGCCCGCCAGGUCCCGGCACGGUUGCGGCCGGGGUGGAGCCGUCUAGCGCCUCGCUCUCGGAGCGCAUCCGAAGGUCCUUCUCUCGCACCGACAGAAGCGAGCGUGGCACGGGCGCCGCGUCAUUAACACCAUCGGCGGUGGCGGCUGUCACGGCUGGGGCUGCGGACAUGAAAACGCUUGACUCCGUACCUUGCACGCCACUCCCAGCUUUCUUUUGGCUGCAUUCGGCGGCGUGUGUGUACCAGCUAAGCCAGUUGGCUCACUUCUUGGGCUACGGCUUCUUCAGCGACACGGAACAGAGCUCGUUUGUGGCCCAGAGCUGCAGCCUUGUCUCGGGCGUGGCGGCGGCGCCAGAUGUGCAGGCGCUGGUGAACUGCCUGAUCGGCAUGACCAAGGGCAUCAUCUACCAGCGCUUCAGGCUGCAGGCGCACGUGCUGGUGGCGCUCGUGCACAGCAGCGGCACCACUGCCGCCUACUUCAAGCAGCAGCGCCAGCCCCACGCGUCCAUUGCCCGUACGCUUGCCGUGCAGCCCAGCGGCGCCGGCGGCAUGGGGUCAGCCGGGCCGCACGGCGGCUCAGCGCAUGGCGGUGCCCACGUUCCUCUGGCGGGCGUGUCGGCGCACCACCUCGGCGCAGCUGGCGGUGCGGGGGUGGGCGGUAUGGCGGGCGUUGGGCUGUACGGCGGCGGCAGCGGUCUGGCGGGCGGGCGCGCACACUCACAACGGGACAUGUCGUCCCAGCAGCGACUGUACACGCUGGGCGGCAACCCUGCUGCGACUGCAGCAGCGGCCGCGGCCCAGGCGCUGUAUGGCGGAGGUGCUGGAGGCGGAGGAGGCGGUACGGGGGUAGACGGUGUUGUGGGCGACGCGGCGAUGGGGCCGGCAAUGCAGGCUCUCCUGCAGGCAAACUCCAGCAACGCGUCGGCCGGCGGCGGCGAUGGCGGCCCAACCGGUGGCGGUGGUGGAACUAGUGCUGCAGGUACUGCCGGCGGCGCCGUCAAUACAGCAGCAACUGCGCCCAUCCAGGUCGGAGGCGGCGGCCCGGGAACGGGCGGCGGCGGAGGUCGCGGCGGCGGUGUGAGCGGUGGGCUGUUCAACCUGUCGGCGGCACUGCUGGGUCGCAAGACGCGCAGCCAGAGCCAGCUGCGGAGCGCGAGGAGCGUGCCGCUGCAGGUUGACGUGCAGGAAGGCGUCAUGGGGUAUGCCUCUGAGACGUGCGGCACCAGCGUCACGGCCACCAUCAUCUCGCUGUCGCACACGCUGCUGGCGGACGCGCUGGUCGCCACGCCGCCUGUGGGCACCGCCGUGCGAAGCUGCGCCGAGGCACUGGCGCGCGACGCGGCACCCAUCCGCGAUAUUAGCCUGGCCAGCCGCCUGGUGGCGGACGUGCGCCCGGGGCCGGGCGGCCUGCCAGCGGACGAGUCGGUCACCAACACCAGUAUCUACGGCCUCAAUGGCGGCGGUGGUGUUUUCUCUCCAUCUACCUCGUUUCUCCGCCGUGGCAGCGCUUGCGGCAUGGGCGCUGGCACGGGAGGCGGCGGGCGGCACGCGCCUCUGGGUAGCCUUGUCAUCGCCGUCGGGCUUGGCUGUGCCGGUAGCGACAGCGAUGGCCUUAUAGCCGGGUUUGGAGGCUUCAGCGGCUCCGUACCAGGGCUAUCGGGCAUCAGCAACAACCGCAUAUCCCUCGACCGCGGCAUCGGGCGGCCCAGCCACGGCAACUACCAUCCUUACUUUAACGGCGGCGGCAGCCACUACCAGCAGGCGCAGGCGCCACCGCAGCGCACCAGCGCCGCCAGCACUGGCCUGGGACCUGUCUCGGGCAUGCUGCUGGGUCCCAUGGGCGGCCACCCCGUCAGCGGCUGCAUUGAGGAGAGCGCCGAGGCCAACGUGCAGGCAGGGCCGGGAGGCGGGGCGGCAGGAGCCACAGCAAGGCUGCAGGCGGCUCCGCAGGCGCUGCUGCCGGCCUCAGAGCCCUACAUUGCGCUGUACGUGGCCUUCCGCGAGGUGCUGCAGGAGCCGGUGCUGGAUAAGUUGCUGGAAGAGACAACACAGAUGGUCGAGCUGGUGGCACCCAGCGUGCAGCAGCGGCUGCUAACUGGGCUUCGGCCUGAGUGGGCGUCCAUGCACAGCCGGCUGCUCAACCCCGCCGGCUUUAUAGGCGGCCAGUCACUGCUGUCAGUCGCAGGCGGCGGGAUGUCGGCAGUCCUCGGGCCUGGCGGCAAUGGCACAGGGGGUGGCGGGGUAGCACCGUCGGCAAGCAAUUCGCGGCGCGGGCGGCAGCCAAGCAGCCAUGACUGGACUGAGGCGCUUGUCACUGGCGAGCUGUGGCCGGCAGGCGGCGGCAGUGGCGCUCUGAGCUUCGCGCUAGAGGAGCCGGCGCCGUUGAGUCACUUGCAGGUGCUGGUCAACUCGUUCCACAGCACGCUCAGCUCCAUUCAGGUGGAGCGCGCGCUGGAGGAAGCUGGCGGCAUGGACUCGCCGGUGGCGGCCAACGACAUGCGCGGCGUGGAGCUGCUGCAGCAGGUCGGGCGCGGCGGCCAGGGCGUUGUGUACCGGGGCCGUAUGCACGGUGUGCCGGUGGCAGUCAAGGUCAUACCCACCGCCGAGGGCGGUGGUGGUGCAGGGCCUGGGGACCGGGACGUGGCCUACGAGCGCGACAAGCCUGAGGCGGUGCAGCGGGCAGCUCGGCGGCAGCGGGCGCUGCUGCGUGACGCGCUGGAGGUGGCGGCCACCGCGGCCCUGUCGCACCCCAACCUGGUGCAGCUGCACACCUACUUCACGGACGUGAUGGUGGUGGAGUACGAGGGCGACAUGCCGGGCCGUUACCGCCUCAUGCACGUGGCGGAGUCGGUGCCGGGCGACCCCACCGGCGCCGUCAACCUGGUGCUGGUGCUCGAGUACUGCGACGGAGGCAACCUGCGCCAGGCCAUGGAGCGUGGCGUGUUCUUCCGUCGCGAACGCUUGCCCUCGCCAGCUCACCUGCCCGCAGCCAGGGCCGAGGCGGCGGGUGCGGGCGGCGCGGCAGCGGCGUUGGCGGCCGCGGCGGAGCUGGCGCCCAACUUCGAGUUCAUCUACCUCACGCUGUUGGAGAUUGCGCUGGCCGUACGGCACAUGCACUCGCUCCGGCUGGCGCACUGCGACUUGAAGCCCAGCAACGUGCUGCUGCGCGCGGCGCCGCAUGACCCGCGCGGCUUCACGUGCAAGCUGUCCGACUUCGGGUGCGUCCAGCUGCUGCGGGAAAUGCCGAGCACGCCGGGUGGAGGUGGUGGCGGCGGCACCUCAAGCACCGGUAUGAUGGCGGCGGGCGGCCCGAUGUCGCCCAACAUUGUACCAGAUGGACAAUCACAAGCGCCUUACCUGGGCCACCAGCAGCACUCGCAGCGGUCGCUGGGUGGUGUGGCGUCGGCGGCCGCUGCCGCGCUGGCGGGUGGCGACGGCUCGUCUCCUGCCCCAGCCCGGCUGGGCUUCAUGUCGGGCCACGUGCUGGGCACGCCCAGCCACCUGGCCCCGGAGGCCUUCCUGCCCGGCAACCUGCUGGACGGCGCCGUGGACAUCUACAGCUUCGGCAUGCUGAUGUGGGAGGUGCUGGUGGGCAUUCCCGCGCUGGCGGGGCUGUCGGCGGCACGAGUGCACUCGUACACCAGCAGGGGGCUGCGGCCGCAGUUUCCGCCCAACACGCCUGACCACUACCGAAACCUGGCACAUCUAUGCUGGGCUCAGGACUCACGCAAGCGACCUACCGCGUCAGCAUUGGUGAUGGCUCUGCACAAAGCCUUGAUGCAGGUCUCCCCUGGGGCGGCUCUCGAGGUGCGCUCCAUGGUCACCGAGCAGCCCGUGCCCCUGCAGCAGCCGCAACCGGCAACGGCUGCAGCACAACUGCACCAGCAAGGCGGCGGCGGCGGCGGCGGCGGCGGCUGGAGCGGCCUGAGCUCGCACGGGAUGGGGCCCGCUGGCGGCUGUGGCGGCAGCGGGCGUGCUGCUGCCGCUGUGGCACAUCACUCGUUCUCUCAUCACCCACAUCCCUUCGGGCGCCUUCCAACAAGCCCCGACGUAGUUUCUGCCAUAGCGAGCGAGGGCGUUGGGAGCCGGAGUCGCGCGCUGCACCGGCCAUCUAGCUUGGGCCGUGGCGCCGCCAGUUCAGCCUUCAGCGCCGCAGCAGCCGUCGCUGCGCAUGACAGCGCGGCCGCAGCAGCGGGGGCCGCGGCGACAGUGGCCUACAGCCAUCACGCUCCACCUGCAGCGGCAGCGCCAGCGGCUGCCGGGAGCCCGGUGUCGCCUGGCGGCGCGCGGACGGGCACAUCAGCAGUCAACCUAAUCUCCCGGCGCCACAGCAUAGGCGAGCGCCGCCGCUCGCAGGCCGCGUACACUUACGGCGGCAAUGGCGGCGUUGGUGGUGGUGGGGUUACUGGCGGCAGCGGCGGUGGCGGCACGACCAGUUCCGGCGGUGGCGGCGGGGGAGGAGCCACGCCGUCGAUUCCUGCUACACUGUCGUUACUUCCGGGCCGCGGCGCAAGCGCCAGCGGCAGCUCCCCUCUGCUGCUGCAGCUGGCCCAGUCCCGGAUGAGCAGAUCGUCCAGGACACGCGAUGCUCUGGUGGGCGCCAGCAACGGCACGUGGGGCUCGAACCUGGGCUCAGGGACAGGGGCGGGCUCGAUGCCCACAGCGGGUGCCGGCGCUGACGCAGGGGCAGUGUCCAUGGAAAGGAUGGCGGCCGGGGUUGGCGCCUGCGGCGGCGGUGGCGGCAGUGGUGGACGCAGCGGUGGCGGCCCUCUGCUGUCCGCUAUGUCAUCGCCUUCAUCUCCUGGCGGGAGCGCUGGAGUGGUCGCUGCUGUGGCACAGCUGCAAAUGCAGCCACAUGGGUCCAUUUCGUUCGGCGGCAGCGGAGGCGCCACGGCCGCUGCCGCCGCUGGAGGCCUACUUAGCACACUGCACAGCGGCAUCCACAGCGGUCACGUAACUGAGGUGUGCUUGGCCACUGCAGCGGAUAUGGUCGACGUUGCCGCCGUGAGCGACGCAACAGCAGCAGCAGCAGCAGCAGCUGCAGGGGCGGCGGCGACUUUACCGGCACAGGGCGCGUACGGUUCGCUCGGAGUAGGCGUGCGGGUAUCAACUGAAGAGCUUACUGGAUACCCGUACUCUAAUACACGCAUGGGCAUUGGUGCCGAUGCGCAGCGACGGGCUGCGGCAGCGGCUGUCCCCGCAGAUAUUGAGGUCGUGACCACAGCCGAGUCUAACGCCUCCUACUACAGCACUUCCAAUAACACGCUUGGCCUCGCCGCCGCUGACGCCUGCCCUCCUGCUUCUGGCGCCGCCCUGGCGAGCGGAGGGGGUGGUGCGGCGGCCGGGGCCAGCCUGCUGGGCGUGGGCGGCGGUAGCAGUCCGCUGGUGACCACUGAUGGUGUCAGCACCUCGCGCCUGGCUGACCUGCUGCUUGGCGGCGGCGCGCAGCCGUAAUACCGUGUCUGACAACUACCCUCGGGUGAUACGCAUGCUUUUGACUCUGUGGAACUGCAAAUAGAUCGAGCUGUCGCUGUACAAGGCCACGCGGGGUGGAGUAUGAUCUCCUGUAUGAGCGGACUCCGAGCACGGAUGGCACCGGGGUGCGCGGCGUGAUGCGUGAAAGCUUGGCAAGUGAUGGGCAGUUACAUUCAUGGUGUUGGCAGCGGCACAGGUGACCCUGGGAAGAUGGCCAAACAAUGAAUGACUAUUGUUCUGUGUAUACAUUCCACAUAAGCCUAGUAGCCAUGUUACCCCGUGAUGUUAAACUGAAGGAAGAGACUCGUGGAAGAGACUGUGCCGUGUGCUUUCGGGUGAAAACGAUGGGGCAGGGUAAGGGGCAGGUUGGCGUAAUCCCGUAGUGUGCAGCGCAUUCCCAGACCCCAACAAUCGAUUUGCAAUGUCAAGGCAAGAUGGCGCGGCUGGUAUAACGCCGGAGCUACUGUGCCGAGACAUCGCUGACUUGCUGGUGCGCCUUUGGGUGGGGGCCUGUGACAACUUGGUAUUCAGAGAAGAUGGCCGGUGACGAACCACUGCAAUUGCCGUAACCCUUUGCGCCGGCUGCUAGAAAUACGUGUAAGGGCACAAAUGUCCCCUGCUUGCUGGUGUACGUAUGCGCGAUCCGUAGGCUGCGGCGAAACGCCGUGGGACGCUGGGCGGAGUCGGGCGCCGUGACUCGGGUACAUAAAGCUGAUGCAUCCCUGCCUGCCUAAU